UGUCGUCAUGGUGGUACGGUCCAUCAUACGUCAUCAGCUGAAACCAACAUGGCGGCCGUCAUGAUGAGCUCAGGAAGGAAAGUUCUGCAGACCCGGUUCCCCAGGCCGCCGGUCCGGUCCGGAUUGGCCCGUCCGUUUGGGUUCUUCACUCCGUCCGAAGGCGCCAUGCUGCCGGCGGGAAGCUUCAGAGACCAGCUGGCCUUCAUCACCGGAGGCGGCACCGGCCUGGGCCGGGCCAUGACCGUGGUUCUGUCCCAGCUGGGAGCCCGCUGCGUCAUCGCCAGCAGGAAGCUCGACGUCCUGCAGGAGACGGCCAGCGAGAUCAGCAGCCAGACCGGGAACCAGGUCCACGCCCUCCAGUGUGACGUCAAAGACCCUCAGGCCGUGGCACACUGCGUGGACCAGAUGGUGGCGUUAAGUGGACUUCCUGAUGUGAUCAUCAACAACGCCGCAGGGAAUUUCAUCUGUCCGACGGAGCGGCUGACGCCCAACGGCUGGCGGAGCGUCACCGACAUCGUCCUGAACGGGACGGCGUUCGUCACGCUGGAGCUGGGCAAGAGGCUGAUCCAGGCCCAGAAAGGCGCCUCGUUCCUCGCCAUCACCACCAUCUACGCCGAGUCUGGUUCUGGUUUUGUGGUUCCAAGUGCGGCGGCCAAGGCCGGAGUUGAGGCGCUCUACAAGUCUCUGGCCGCAGAGUGGGGGCGCUAUGGUCACAGGUUCAACAUCAUCCAACCUGGACCAAUCAAGACCAAGGGAGCCUUCAGCCGUCUGGACCCGACCGGAACCUUUGAGAAGUCGAUGAUCGAUCGGAUUCCGACAGGUCGACUCGGAAAACCUGCUGAGCUCGCCAACCUGGCGGCGUACCUGAGCAGCGACUUCGCCAGCUGGAUGUCAGGAGCCGUGAUCCGUUUCGAUGGAGGGGAGUACGUAUCGAUGGCAGGAGAGUUUAACGAGCUGCGCAAGGAACGCGUCACUGACGUCACUGCUGGUGUCUCACCUGUCCUCCAGGUGACUCCGGAUCAGUGGAAGACGUUGGAAGCCAUGAUCAGAGGUACAAAGGGGUCAUAGGAAUGCUGACAGCUGAUUGGGCCACAGAGGCCCCUCCCCCUGCUGAUAUCUCUACAUCUGAUUGGUUAAUGAUUAUAACUAAUGUGGUGCGGUCAUGUGACUGUCUGCACACACUCAGUGUCAACCUUGUUUGAUAUUAAAAGAUGAAAUGAGAG